UACCUACCGCGCUGCGCUGCGCUGCGCGAGGCUCCUACAGUAGCUGUCAGAUGCGGUCGCGCGCUUCAGCCGCACACCGAACAAAGAGCGACAACACCGAUCAGUCCGCUCUAUAGAGUUGUACCGGACGGCUGGCGCUGCUUCUCUCCACAGCUGUUUUUGUCUCACUUGGAUAGGAGGGCAGUUUGUGUCUGCGUCCCAAGAUGAACCAAACCGCCACCGUCUCGCAUCAAGUUAAAUGCCAGUCUACAAAGGCCAUUAAGGACCUGGGUGGCGUGAGUCCUCCCCAGAGGAACUGGAAGGGGAUUGCCAUCGCUUUGCUGGUCAUCCUGGUGGUCUGCUCUCUCAUCACCAUGUCUGUCAUCCUCCUCACACCAGCUGACAACCAAGCUGGAAGUGACACUAAACUGACCGUGGAGGACUUGUUCAAGCCUGAGUUCAAGGUUCAUGACCCGGAGGCCAAGUGGAUUAACGACUCUGAAGUCAUCUACAGGAACAGUGACGGCCACGUCAUCAAGUUCAACAUCCACACGAAUGAAACUGAGAUUGUCCUGACAAACAUCACAUUUGUUAAUUUCAACGUGGCCAAGUAUUCUGUCUCCCCUGACCUGAAAUAUGUUCUCUUCGCAUAUGAUGUGAAACAGGUUUACCGGCACUCCUACAUGGCCUCCUACAGCAUCUACAAUGUUCAUACACGGGAGGUUUGGGAGCUGGACCCCCCUGAGGUGGUGAACUCAGUUCUCCAAUACGCUGCCUGGGGAGUACAAGGCCAACAACUGAUCUACGUAUUUGAAAAUAACAUCUACUACCAAUCUGAUGUCAAGAGUAACUCCCUCAGACUAACAUCCUCAGGGAAGGAAGGAGUCAUCUUCAACGGCAUUGCUGACUGGCUCUAUGAAGAGGAGAUCCUUCAUACCCAUGUGGCUCACUGGUGGUCUCCUGAUGGAGAGAGGCUGGCCUUCCUGGUUCUCAAUGACACUCUGGUGCCCAACAUGGCUUUACCUCGCUUCACUGGAAUGACAUACCCGAAAGGAAAGCAGUACCCCUACCCCAAGGCUGGCCAACCCAACCCGGCGGUGAAGCUCUAUGUAGUCAAUCUUUACGGGCCAACGCACACGCUGGAGCUCAUGCCUCCAGAGACGCUCAAGCUGCGGGAACAUUAUGUGACUAUGGUCAAGUGGAUCAGCAAGACCAAGACUUCUGUGAGGUGGCUGAACCGAGCCCAGAACAUCUCCAUCUUGACUGUGUGUGACACCACCACCGGAGCCUGCGUCACGAGACAUGAAGAAAGCUCUGAGCUCUGGCUUUCCAAGCAGAACCAAGAACCGGUGUUCUCCAAAGAUGGAAACAGAUUCUUCCUCACUGUGCCAGUCAAACAAGGAGGUCGUGGAGAGUUUCAUCACAUCGCCAUGUUCACUGCUCAGUUCAGAGCAGAUCAGAACGAAGUCCGACAUCUAACGUCAGGAAACUGGGAGGUGACCAAGAUCAUUGCCUAUGAUGAGAACACCGACAACCUGUGAUUAUUUCUCAGCACAGAGGGUUCACCGCGGAGACGGCAACUUUUCAGUGUGAAAACUGUGGGUCUGUUCCCACGAAGGUGUCUGACAUGUGAGCUAAAUAAAGCUCACUGUCUAUACUUUGACGCUGACAUCAGCCCCACAAACCAGCACAUCAUCCUCCACUGUAAAGGUCCUGGAGCUCCUACUGUGAUUCUACACAGCCUCAAUAAUUCAAAUUACUACAUUCUUGAGAACAACUCUUUGCUGAAGGCAGCCUUGAAGUUCAAACGGAUCCAGCUGACUGACUUCAGAACUGUUGCAAUGGAACAUUUUGAUUUACCUUUGAAGAUCUCCUACCCACCAGACUUCUCUGAUUCCCGUCACUAUGGACUCCUGUUGCUGGUUGAUGGCGCUCCUGGUGGUCAGACUGUGAGUGACCGUUUUGCUCUCAGUUGGGAUUCUGUCCUGGUCAGUUCUGACAGCGUCAUAGUGGCUCGUCUAGACGGCCGGGGCAGCGGCUUUCAGGGUCAGAGAAUCCUGCACGAGAUUCACCAGAGACUGGGAACUGUUGAUGUCCAGGACCAGAUUGCAGCAGUAGAAUACAUGAUAAAAUUUCCAUACAUUGAUCGGACGAGGAUAGCAGUGUUUGGAAAGGGUUAUGGAGCCUACAUAACAUUAAUGAUGCUCAAGUCUACUGACAGCCUGUUUAAAUGUGCAAGUGCAAUGUCACCAGUGACGGACUGGAAGCUCUAUGCAUCAGCGUUCUCUGAGCGAUACCUUGGCAUGCCAUUACGGGAUGACAGCAGAUAUCAGUUUUCCAGUGUGCUACAGAAUGUUCAAGCGCUUAGGGAGCAGACACUGAUGCUGGUGCACGGCACAGCAGAUGCCAACAUCCACUUUCAGCAUACUGCUGAGCUUGUCAAGAACCUUGUGAAAGUUGGAGCAAACUACUCAAUGCAGAUCUACCCAGAUGAGGGCCAUUUCCUCUCUCAGCAGAGUCGCCAGCACCUCUACGGCACACUGACCAGCUUCUACAGGGAGUGUCUGAAGGAGGAGUUGCUACCGCUGCCCGAUGACGAGGAGGAAGAGGAGGAGUAGACGAAAGGCUCAGUGGGUCAGAGCUUUGGCAGAGCUUGAAGAAUUUUGCUAAAAUCCGUCAAGGCCUUUCGCAUUUGGACCAAGUGUUUAGUCAGACAUGGACACUGGGAUAGAGCUGUUAAUGCUCUUAAGGUGUGUGAGUGUGUGCAUGUGUGAGUGUAAUUGUAUGUGUGUGUGUGUGUGUGUGUGUGUGAGAGAGAGAGAGAGAGCACUCCAGUGUGUGACUGUAUGUAUAAAUGUGUUGAAAAGUUAACUGAAGGACACAACAGUGACACUUGCAUUGCCGGGACUUGAGGCAGGAACUGCCCUCUAGCAUAAAGUCAUUUCAGUUUCGGGAUGCUCUGUUUCUCGGCAAAGCACACGGAAGACUGCUUCCAUCUCUUGCAGGCUCUCUGGGCCGCAGUCAUCCACACUUAACCAAGUGCAUGGUUCUUUUAUCCCCUCCUUUCAGCUUCACUCAUUUUUGCCAUGUCAGUCUCAUGUGUGGUAGCACUUGGGAAGAAAAGAACACAGAUGUACACUUUUGAUCUCACCUCUCCUUCGGUUGUUAUAUUGUUGCACAAGGAAAUGCUCCAGUCAUCUGCGAAAAUGUUUAGUCACGUAAGUUCACCACGACCCGAGCCAAUCCUGAAUAAGUGCAAUUUCCUGCUGAAACCCUCCGUCAUCGCCCACCCAAAAUGGAAACAGUCUUUAGAGGUCACACUUUAUUGUACAGGGGUCUUGUGUAGACAUGUACAAUGCCUUAUGAGGUUCAACAUACUGUAAUAUUACUUGCUGGCAGUGGUAGUCAUCCAUUAGCAGUGUCAUGUUAACCUAUGUCAACUCAGGUCCUCGAGACACAGCAUUGCAGUCAGUUUAGAAACCCUUAAAACACUAAGUCAGCUGUAUGGUCACAAAUAAGUUAUGAGUGCCGGAUGAAGGUAUGGAUAUCGGCCAUAUAGUAAUUAAAGUUUCAGGCCACCACACUGCAAAAGUUCUCCAUCUUAAUAUGUGAUCUGAUCUUAAAUGAAGCGAUGGAAUCUCUAAGAAGGUGUGAGAUCAUUUUCAGUGCAUCUCCACCAGAUUAAAGAGACAUUUCCCCUAUUUUUGGAUGGCCGGAAUUCAAGAAAACAGUAAACAAUAUGGGAAAUAAAUGAAGAUGACUGUACUAAGAUGGACAGUUUUACAGUGUCAGUAAGGUAUUUGCAUGUCUACAGGGAAUGUGUCAAGUGUUGCCACAUUUUGUACAGUACAAUACAGCAGAGUGUGUAUAUAAAUAUAUUUUUAAGAUGUCAGAUCUCAUAGAAAGUUUAGUCUAUGGGGAUGGAUUAAUUUGACCUGGAUGUCUUGUACUUUUUUUUUUUUUUUUUUUUAGUUUUGUUUCUGUUUUCCUUUCAGCUGUUGAUUUUCUUCUUAGGAUGGAUUUUGUAAUGCUUGUUCUUGUUCUUUUUGCUGUUUUAAAGGGAAAGGGCGGGGUUGAGGUUCCGGGGUUAUUGUGAUUGUCCUCUAGUGAUGAUUAUAAAUAAAAAAAAAUCUGAAAAACAGUGAGUUAUGCUGAUGUAUAGAGCACAUAUGGCAGCACAGAACCAAAUGGCCCACAUUUGUUCGCAGGACUGAUUGUUUGAGAACAUUUCAAUCUAAUGUUUCAUUUCUUUUUCACCUUGGGAGUCACAUUAAAGAGAGGAGGUAGUCUGUCAUGGCCUGAGGACACCUACAUUAAUGAUUUAGCAGGCGAGAUCUGCUUAUUUAGAGUCGGUGCAUCAACACUGCAUGUCUGUGUGCAUUAAUCACUGCCUGCACUUACUGGCCUGAAUGGCCAAGUAGAUUUUUAAAUCUGCAAGAGUUCAAGUACUGGAGUUAAUUUAGGUGUUUUUUCCAUCAGCAUAGAUGAGCGUCUCAUCCCAACUAUGAUGUUUUUUUCAUUUCCCUUUCACAUUUCUCAUGAAGGGUUUUUUGUUGUAAUGUCACAGUUUUGUCAAAAUUCAUGUGAGGAGGUUGUCAUAAAAUGAUUUGUUACAUUAUCAGGUACAACUUGUAGCUCAGUUAUAACAAUGCAAAGAAAUAACACAAAAUCAUGUAUAUACACAGAACUGAGAUAAACAGAAAUGGAGCAAAAUGCAACGGACCAAACUAGAACAGACUAUAAACAAUGCAUGCACUAUACAUACAGUAUUAUAAUAUGACACAGGAGUAGUACCUAGGAAGUAGACAAAAGUAUUAAUGUAUUACAAAUGUGCAUAUGAAAUAUGCAAACGACAUGUUUACAUUUGUAUGUGAAUUGUUGAGCAGGAGUCACUGGCCAAGGAAUACUUUGAGAAAUGCACUUAUUUGCAAGAACCUUUUAAUAGCCCAGUUUAACAAAGAGAUUAAAAACAAAGAGAAACAAGUGGUGUGGCUCUGUCCAAAGCAAACUGCUAGCUAACCUACCUUAAAGCAUCUAACAUGUUAUACCUGUUUAAUCCUUAGAUAAACUAAGUACACUGCCAGGCAACAAUGACUCUGUUAAGUGACUGCUCUCUGCCAAGAAGUCGUGCGACACUCAAAAUUCCCUUUGUGUUGGUAAGCAGCUAUUACUUUUGCUCACAGAAUACAGUGCUUUACAACUUCAUCUUCUAGGUUAAGUCUGUUUUGCCCGAGCACCCACGUGUUGCAAUAAUAAUGCUUGAAAAAAAAGAUUGUCUCUGUAUUAAGGCAUUGUCUUCACAAAGAAAUGUCACUAAAUGAGUACAUUUAAACAUC